CCUAGUGGUGUUAGUAAGGCGAAAAUUUAACAAUUGAAUUCCGAGUUAAUUAACUUUGAGAGCAAUUGUCGCGGUCAGCAGUGGUGCAGCAGGCGAGGUCAACACAAUGCAGGUGUGAGCCGCUGGUCCGGCGCCGUCGCACAGCAGCACGAUGCACUUUUCCAUACCGGACACGCAGGAGCUGGGCUCCUCGCCCACCUACACAGCAUACAACAUACACAUCAACGGCGUCUACCACUGUCGAUUGCGCUACAAGCAGCUCCACUCGCUCAACGAGCAGCUGCGCAGGCACUGCGGGGGCGUAAAUCUGCCGGCGUUUCCCCCGAAACGUCUUCUGCCGCUGACCAACGGCCAGCUGGAGACGCGACGCAGUUCGUUGGAACAGUACCUGCAGAUGGUGGGCCAGGAUGGCCGCAUCGCCCGGUCCGCCCACAUGCAGCAGUUUUUGCAGCGCGCUCAACUGGAUACGGCGCUAGCCGAGGAUAUGGUUACUAGUGACUGCGAGGAGCAGCAGCUGGAGGUGCAGGUGUACACCAGUCCGGCGAGCGAACGCCUUCUUGUCAGUUGCAGUGUGCAGCAAAACGCCGGGGCGCUGCUUAAGGCCGUGUGCCAGGAGCUCCAGCUGCCCGAGGAUCUGACACGCUUCUUCUGCUUGUUCCUUGUGCGUCGCAUGCGAAAAACAGAUGAAAUUCAUCUGGUUCGCCGACUCAUGGACUUCGAGUCUCCGUACAUAACGCGCCUACACGUUCAGCCUUGCGACUUGCUGCUGCGUACCUGCUACUGGGACUCUGGACUGGACGCCAAGUUGACUGGAAGCAAGGUGGCCCUUAACCUACUGUACAACCAAACAGUGGCUGAUGUGAGCCGCGAGUGGGUGGUAAUCUGUUCGCCAGGCGUGGGCCGCCAGCUGAGUAGCCUACAGCAGCAGGGAAGAUCUCGAGAGUACAUGGAAUUAGUGCGCCAGUUGCCCUCGUACGGGUGCCUGCAGUUCGAUGAGGCAGAGGUGGACUAUCCAGAACCGAAUACGAUGGCGCUUGUUAGCAUUGGCAACAAGGAGCUAAGCCUACGAACUUCACGCGGCGCCAAGAUCUACGAGACCAAGUUUCGGGUGACUAGGAUGCGGUCGUGGCGCGUUAGCGUCACUCACAACCCUCUGGAGGCGCGUCUGGAACCCACACACCUGCAGCUGGCUUUCGAGUAUCUGAUUGCGAAACAGACGCUGCGAUGGAUAACCAUCACAAGUGGCCAGGCUAUGCUGAUGUCGGUGUGCCUGCAGGCGAUGGUCGACGAAUUGCUCAACCGAGGAGGAGCCGGAAAGGCGGACCCCAGCAGCGACGAUGAACAUGAUCAGCCGGCAGUCACCUCUUCCUCAUCCACGCCCAGCUCAACGUCCUCUACAUCGACAUGGGCAUCUUCCACAUGCUCGGCGUCUACAGCUUCUUCAACGCCGCCAGUUAGGUUUCUAUCCGAAGACUUGGCCCCCAGGUCGAAGCAGCAGCCCAGGUUCACGUCCCGGACAUUCGGAGCUGUAUUCUUCCGCAACGACGGGGCAGACAAUGGAGCACGGGUGUCUAACGAGGCGUUUGAGGGUAUCGGAGAUGAUGACCUAUGAAUGUGCUGAGGCAAUUGCCAAAACGAAUGCUUUUCUGAGAGAUUAGAGGAGCCGCCAAACUAGUUGUAACUCCAAGUGCAGGUGUAUGUGCAUAUACAGAAUAUUAACUCAUUUUAUGUAAUUAAGGUUAAAGAUUUUAUAUGUGUGUUAUAACCAGACUACUCCCCCUCUCUGCUACUUUCAAGUGUUACAAAACCUUAUCAAAGGUUGGCGUAAUGUGUCCUUUACUCAAUGGUAGUGCAGACGAGUGGCGGAAUGAAGGAAAUUAAUGCUCAAGAUAUAUGGCUCGUUUUACCAGCAUUAUUUAUAUGUAUCUACAUGUUGAAUUAUUGUAAAUGAUCUGUAAAUGGAAUUCUUAUGACACAUUUUAACUUCUUUUUUAUUAUUUCUUGUAUUGUAAUAUAUGUACGUACGUAAAUUACCUUACUUUAGCGAUAGCGAAAUAUGUUAUGCAUUUUAAAAAAUAAAUGUACUGUACUAUGGUAAAUGUA